GAUAGGUAGGAGGCCUGGUGGACACUGUGGGCACAGUGGGCUGGGGGCCUAAGGGCCCUGGUGGCCCAAAGGACCCCCAUGGCUAUGGCUGAGCGGUCCCGGCCGGGGUGGGCCUCAUAUCAAAACCCCAACACCAACAACUGCCAGGACCUGGGCAACUCCAUCCUGCUGCUAUUGGGCCUUAUCAUCUGCAUCAACAUUAGCAUCAAUAUGGCGGCCAUGCUCUGGAGCCGACUCCGUGGCAUCCUACACCAAGUGUUCCAUCAUAUUGUUUGUGAGAAAGGAGCCGGCCUCCCCACUGGCCUCCCUCACCGUUCCCCAUCCACAGAGGCUCCCAAGUCAUCCUCACCUGAGAAGCAGCCCCAGCCCUCAAAGAAGCACAACACCCCUGCAGUUCAUCUCCGAUGCACCAUGGACCCUGUGAAAAUGACCGUGACCCCCCCACCCACUCGUCGCCGGCGCCACCGUGGCUCUCUGACAUGUCGCUCUCGCCGCCCGGUAGCUUGGGCCCCUGACACUGAUGACGAGAAGCCCCCACCUCGGUACCCAGCAAUCUGCUCCCACCACUGGGAUGGCUCCCAGGACUGGGAGGGCUUCCAGCAUGCCCAGAGGGGCUGGGCUCCCUGGACACAGGAUGCUCCAGAGCCCCCUCCACAGACCAGCCACUUCCAAUCCACUGUGGAAGAGAGGCCCCUGAAAACAGAGAUCCGCUCGGAGCUCGGCCUGGAGGCCUACGUGUACCCUGUGAACCCCCCGCCUCCCAGCCCCGAAGCCCCGAGCCACAAGAACAGUGGGGCGGAGGCAGAGGGUGCGCAGUGCCAGCCUGCCUCGCCGCCUGUCCUGGGCCCAGCAAGUGUCCCUGAAUUCCCCCGGCGCCGCUCCUCAGGCCGAAUAGUGUAUGAUGCCCGGGACGUGAGGCGGCGGCUCCGGGAACUGACCAGGGAGGUGGAGGCCCUGUCCCACUGUUACCCGCUGGUCUCUGGAUCCAGCACCGUUGCAGGGACAAGCAAGGACUGGGUGUACCGUCCCCUGACCGGGAGGUGACUGGAAAAAAAAAUAAAAAGGAGAGAGGA